UGGAGCUGAGUCAGGAUGACCUGAAGGUGCUGCUGAGGAUCUUGACGGAGAAUCUGGGAGAGGCUGGUGAUCUGGAGCCCCGGGCCCUGAGGCAGGAGGCCAGUGAUCAGCUGCCAGCAGCCGGAGGCCCCCCGACAGGUGAUGUAGGUAGAGCUGCUGUGAGCGCUGAGGAGGACGACGAUGCUCUGGAGACGAUGAGGUUCAGUUUCAGCGUUGAGUCUCUCGGCCUGGUUUUGUACAGCAGCAACCCCAAACAGGACCUCCAGCACCAGGAGGACCUCAGGCUGGGGGAGUUUGCACUCCACCAGCUGAAGACCUCGGGGCAGAUCCUGACCAGCGGCAGCCUGAAGGUGUCCACAGUCCUGAGCGCCUGCACGCUGGACGACCUGAGGACGGGCAUGGACAGGGUGACAUCACGGAUGGUCGGCCGCAGAGACGAGGACAGCCGAGAGCCGAUGAUCGAUGUGACGUAUCGACAGAGCGCCGCAGAGCGCGAGGUGGUGGCCGUCCUGCAGAAACUCUACCUGUGUGCCAGCGUGGAGUUCCUCAUGGCCAUUGCAGAUUUCUUCCUGCAGGCGCUGCCACAGAGUCCCACUGCUGUCACCGCCUUAACCAGUGAGAGACUGCCGCUGAGACAGACCGCCCAGCCGCGAGGCGACAUCAAGACCGCUGUGGCGGUCAGGACUCGUCUGCGGGCCGUGGUGGUCGACCCGGAGGUGGUGUUCGUGGCCAGUCUGAUGAAGGCCGACGCCCCUGCCCUCGUUGCAUCCUUCCAGUGUGAUUUAACCCUGCAGACCGAGGAGGACAGCACCCAGACCACCAGAGCCAAUCUGAGGGAGCUGAAGGUGCUCGCCUGCCCCUUCAUCCGCAACAAGGACGCCGCCGCCGUCACCACAGUCCUGAGGCCCUGCUCCGUUGCCUUGGAAACCAAGACCCAUCCCAACCAACCACUGAGCGGCUGUGUGACAGUGGAGGAAGUCAUUCUGAAG